ACUUGUCAGUCGGAUCUUUCAUCUUUGUGAAUCAAAUGUGUAGUUCGCAGAUGAUAUUAUUCUUCAGUUUUACUGAGAUACGAAGCAACUAUUAAUAUCAUCAAAAAGAAGGAAUAAAUCCUUCCUUCAAAAAGUGAUUGCACAUAUUCAAAGUAUGCUAUUUUAUAUAACGACAUAUAAAGUUUACGAAUAAAAUAUAACCUCGAAUAUUUUUAACUUUGAAAUAUAUAAACAUGGCUAAAUCGUCGACAAGCAAAGCCGGAAAACCAAAGACCAAUGAAGAAAUUUUUGCUGGUUUUCAAAAUCUUCGUAGUGAACAAAGGCAACUGGCAAACAAAAUUUCAGAACUUGAAAUGGAUCUCAAUGAGCACAAAAUAGUGAUAGAAACACUGAAAGGUGUAGAAAGUGGUCGAAAAUGCUUCAGAAUGGUAGGUGGAGUAUUAGUUGAAAGAACUGUAGCAGAUGUACUACCAGAAUUAGAAGGAAAUAAAGAACGACUACCUGCUGCUCUUCAGGCAUUGCAUGAACAACUAUCUAAAAAGGGCACAGAGAUCAACGAGUAUAUUGAGAAGCAUGACAUCAAGGUUCAACGUGGAACUGAGAGUGCUGAAGCUCCGCAAGCAGACACACCGGCUAAAUCCAAUGUUCUCGUUGCUAGCAGUUAAAUAUGAAAUUAACAAUUUGUUUACAUUAAUCGCUACAUUUGGUAUCUUUUACCUCAUUAUUUAAAUUCAUGUGCUCUCAUUGAAAUUUGUGUUUAUAUCCAAAUAUGAGCUUAAUAUUCAAAUGUUUAUAAAAAAAUAUUUAAUUAUUACUAAUAGCAUUCACCAUUUCAAAAAACUGCUAUUUAUAUUAAUUUUCUUUCCUUAGUAUAUAACAAUAUAAGUGAAUUUUCAUUUUGUCAUCUAACAACAGUAAAUCUUAGGUUGACUUUAUAUUGAUAAAUAAAACUUUUUAAAUUGACAA